AUGAAAGAGUAUCAUGAUUUAUAUCUCGAUUGCGAUGUUUUAUUGCUAGCUGAUGUAUUUGAAACUUUCAGAGACGUUUGUCUUAAGAAUUACAAACUAGAUCCACUUUGGUAUUACACAGCUCCGGGGCUGGCCUGGGAUGCGUUGCUGAAAUUAACAAAAAUAGAAUUAGAAUUGUUAUCGGAUCCUGACAUGGUUUUAAUGAUCGAAAAAGGAAUUCGAGGCGGAGUCAGUAUGAUUACGAAAAGAUAUUCAAAGGCGAAUAACAAAUAUAUGAAAGAUUAUGAUCCUGAAAAAGAAUCUAUUUAUUUGAAGUAUCUGGAUGCUAAUAAUUUAUAUGGCUGGGCAAUGAGCAAGCCACUGCCGGUUAGUAAAUUCAAGUGGAUGAAUAAACAAGAAAUUAAAUUCUGGCAAAGGCAUCCAUGUAUUCUAGAAGUGGAUUUGGAAUAUCCAAAUGAAUUACAUGACCUUCAUAAUGAAUAUCCUAUGGCGCCAGAGGAUUUAUUAGGAAAAUUAAUACCAAACUUAAAUAAUAAGGAGAAAUAUGUAGUUCAUCACCAUAUUAUGAAAUUAUAUUUAUCUCUAGGGAUAAGAAUUACAAAAAUUCAUAGGGGUAUUACAUUUAUAGAAGAAAACUGGAUGGCUGAAUAURUUAAAUURAAUACAGAUCUACGAACUAAAGCGGAUAACGAUUUCGAGAAAGAUUUCUUCAAGCUGAUGAAUAACAGCGUCUUCGGUAAGACGAUGGAGAAUAUUAGAAACCGUCAAGAUAUUAGACUUGCAACUCGAAAAGAUCAGCUAAAGAAAUUAACUUCGAAGCCYAACUUUAAAAGAAGAACAAUAUUCUCUGAGAAUUUAAUAGCGGUUCAUAUGGGGAAAACCCAUCUUAAAUUUAAUAAACCUAUUUACGUGGGCAUGUCUAUUCUUGAUAUUUCUAAGUCGUUGAUGUACGAUUUUCAUUACAACUACAUAAAGCCUAAAUAUGGAAAUAGAGCUGAAUUAUGUUUCACGGAUACUGAUAGCCUUCUAUACGAGAUAAAAACUGAUGACUUUUAUAAAGACAUCUAUGCUGAUCUAGAAGCAAAAUUUGAUACUUCAGCUUAUGUUAAUCACCCAAUUAUUGAUAAAAAAAUUAAUAAAAAGGUUAUUGGCCUUAUGAAAGAUGAAACAUCAGGAAAUGAAAUUACAGAAUUUGUUGGUCUGCGGGCGAAGUUAUAUGCUUAUAAAACAGUUGAAUAUGUCGAAAAGAAAUGUAAGGGGGUUAAGAAGUCUGUCGUGAAAGAUUCUAUUUCUUUUGAAGAUUAUAAAGAUUGUCUAUUCACUGGGAGAUCGCAAAUGCGGAAAAUGAACGUACUAAGAUCUGAAGGGCAUCAAAUUUACGCCGAGACGAUUAAUAAAGUGGCUUUAUCUGCUGAAGAUGACAAGAGAAUCGUAUUAGAAGAUAGAAUUCAUACUAAUGCUAUUGGUUACAUCGCAUUUUCUGGAGGUAGUUGA